AUGUCGACCACGCAGCCUACCGACAUCUCUCAAAGCCACCCCUACACCUGCAAUUCCUGUGCGGUGGCAUUCCGCAAUAGUGAUGCCCAACGCACACACAUGCGAAGCGACUGGCACCGUUACAAUUUGAAGCGAAGGCUGGCCGAUCUCCCUGCUGUUUCCACAGAAGACUACAAUGAAAAGGUGCUUGCCGCCCAAGCGACCAAUACUGCAGCUGCAGCACAGGCUGCUUUUGCAAGGACAUGUCCGAUCUGCCAGAAAACCUACUAUAGUGAGAACGCAUACCAGAACCACAUCUUGAGCAGAGCACACAAGACCCGAGAACUGGGCGGCGGAAGGAGUUCACGUGGUGACAACCACUCCGUUGUCGGGUCUACUGCCGACUCAGAGCCCCGAGAUCCUGAAGCGGAGGCAGAAUUUGAAAAGGUAGUGGCGGGUAUGAAAGAUACAUCUAUUGCAGAGGUACCUGCAAUUACACGAAGACCAUCCGCACCUCCGCCGGACACAGAUCCUCGGGCCGACCAUCCCAUUUCGCCGGAGAAGCCUGAAGUCUCAUCCAUCCCUCUAUCCAGAUGCCUAUUCUGCAACUACGACUCACCAAACAUCAAGCUGAGUGUGGCACAUAUGACCAAGAUUCAUGGCCUCUUCAUACCAGAGCAAACUUAUCUAGUAGAUCCUGAAGGUCUUCUAUCCUAUAUACACGCCAAAGUGUUCCAGAAUUUUGAAUGCCUAUGGUGUCACAAGUUGAGGAAUAAUGCCGAAGCCGUCCAGACUCACAUGCGAGACAAGGGACACUGUAAGAUUGCCUUCGAAUCAGAAGAAGAGAUGGUAGAGAUGGGCCAGUUCUAUGACUUUUCAAGCACAUAUUCCGAUGUUGAUGGCGAUUCCAACAUGGAUGAAGAUGAGGGGAAAUCGAGAACAAAUGGGGGCGUCAAACUCGCGAGUUCUCAGGAAGACGAGGGCUGGGAGACUGACUCUUCCUUCUCGUCACUUGAUACCAACGAUCUUGCAUCUGUCCCCAUUGACGAUCGAACAUCAUCUUACCAAAGACUUCCCCUACAUCGGCAUCAUUCAAAUGCAGAUUCACGGCCCCACAAGCUGGUUGAUGGAUACCAUUCCCGUGCGCAUAAUCACAACAAUGCUGUCUUUUAUGACGAACACGAGAUGCAUCUGCCCAGUGGUCGUAUUGCUGGCCAUCGAAACUUGCGAAAAUAUUACCGGCAAAACCUUCAUUCUUAUCCCACAGCAGCCGAGCGAAUGGAGCGCGCUCAACGACUGAUAGAAGAGGCAAGUUCGGAUGCUGAUAUGGAGGAUACCGAGGUACCGGCGACGUCUAUCCGAAACAGCCUGAUGAGACGUGAUGAGGCAGGAAUGCUGGGAGUUACUGCCCAGCAACGGAAAGAUGUCCGCUCCCAGGAGGUCAGAAGUAAACAGAGAGAACUACGUACUCAGAAUCGAUAUCAAGCUAAGCUGGAGAAGCAGAACAACAGCCAGAAGCACUUUAGGGAUCCCCUACUGCAGUGA